GGGCGCCGGGGACGGGGGAGGGGGCCCCGGGGGGAUUGGUACCCCCCGGAUAAGGGUCGCGGCCCUCAGCGGGCGUUGCUGCGCACCCCUGCCCGUCACCCCAGCCCGUCAGGCUUGUAACAUAGCAGGGAGACGCGGUUUGGCGAUGCUCCUGUCAUGUGCAGGAUGCGAGAAACCGAUAAUGGAUCAGUACCUGCUGAACGUUUUGGACCGUGCAUGGCACGUCGAGUGCGUGCGCUGCUUCGACUGCAGAAUCACGCUGCAGGACAAGUGCUUCUCCAGGGAAGCGAAGCUCUUCUGCAGGAACGACUUCUUCAGGCGAUACGGCACCAAGUGCGGCGGUUGCCUCCAAGGGAUAAACCCGCAGGAUCUCGUGAGGAAGGCGAGGGACAAGGUUUUCCACCUGAAUUGCUUCACCUGCCUGGUGUGUCGGAAGCAGAUGAGCACCGGCGAGGAGCUCUAUGUCCUGGACGACAACAAGUUUGUCUGCAAGCAGGACUACCUGUCGGGCAAGCCGCUGCCAGACACGCAUCACGUGCACGGUCAUCACGAACCGUCCAACCUGUCGGCAGGCGGCGACUCGCUGAUGGGCUCAGGUUCGGAAGACGAGGACGAGGACGGUAGUGCCCACCAUCAUCAUCACGAUACGGCGGUCCGCGGCGCUCACCUGGGGCCCCACAACAUAGGCCCGGGUGGUCCGGGCGACCAAACCGUCGGCCACGGCGGCGAACUACCUCUCGGGAGCGAUCCCUGCAAGCAGGAAGACUCCGAGGAUCAAGGUUCCCUGGACGGCGAUCCCGAGACGAGGGACAGCCAGACGGAGAACAAGAGCCCGGACGGCGGCGCCGGCGGUGGCAGCGGCGACGGCGGUGCCGGCUCGAAGCGACGAGGCCCGCGAACGACCAUAAAGGCAAAGCAACUGGAGAUUCUGAAGUCGGCCUUCUCGUCAACUCCGAAGCCCACCAGGCACAUCAGGGAGCAGUUGGCGAAGGAGACCGGCUUGCCCAUGAGAGUCAUACAGGUCUGGUUCCAGAACAAGAGGAGCAAGGAGCGCAGGCUGAAGCAAUUGACGUCGAUGGGCAGGAACCCCUUCUUCGGGGGCUCGCGCAAGAUGCGCGGCUUCCCGCUAAACCUGAACCCGGGUGCACUUGGCGGAGAGGACGGCCCGCCGCCUGGCUUUCCUUACUUUGGCGCGGACAAGUUCGAAUUCGGCUAUGGAGGCCCAGUGGCCUUCCAUCACGAGUUCUUCGGCGCGCAUCCGCCCCCGCACCCGCACGGGCCGCACUUCGCUGGCACGGGAAAUCCAGUACGUAAUCUGUUUCUGACAGGCCUGGACCCGGCCAGUUUAGCGGGCAUGGCAGCGGCAGUGGCGGUGGCAGGGGAGUACCCACCUCCGGGCGCGGGGGGCGGCCCUCCGGAAUUUCUCACGGGGCCCCCCGGGCAGGGGCCCCCUGCGCCCACCGGCGGCAGCCCCGGCGAGUUCCUAGCACCUUCAGGUGGAGCGCAGGGUAAUCCGAGCGGCGGCGGGAACGGCGGCGGGCCGGGCGGCGGCGGCGGAGGCGGCGGCGGGGUCGCGGGCGGCGGGUUCCUGGAGCCGCACCAGAUGCAGAGCGAAGGGCUGGCCUGGUAGUACGAGUUUUAAUUAACGUCCCUUAUAAUAAUAAUUCCGCCCGCGCGCACCAACGGAAUCACGAGAGCGCCGCCGCGAGAACGGAGAGCGAGAAAGGCGGCGAUUUCGAGUCCGAGGGCGACGGAAGGCUCGGCGCUUCGUUGCUUUCCUUCCCGUUGUUUCCCCUGGUUUCCUCUCUCCUUCUCUCUCUCUCUCUCUACUCUUUCUCUCUCUCCUUCUCUAUCUCUCUAUUAUUCGCAAUCUUUUUCGUUUCGCGAUCGCGUUUUCGACCCGCGUUUCGGCCGUCGAGUCGCGGGUGUCGCGCGCCAAGUCCCGUGGAUGACGCUCAUCCUUUCUUGUAAGAUACGGAUACCGCGCACGCGAAGUGCGUUUGUCCUCGUCCCUUGAUUCGUGGUUAUCCCUUGGAUCGUUGUCGAACGAUCGACGUUAUUAUCUUUAUUAUAUCGGCAUCGCGACGCCGAUGUUACUCAAUUUUCAUUAUUAUUAUUAUUAUUAUUAUUAUUAUUAAUUAUUAUAUAUUAAUUAUUAUUAUUAUUAUUAUUAUUGUGUAUAAAAUUCGAAGGUCCCUAUCGUGUAAUAUUGUGCCCUCCCUGUUGAUUAUUUUUCGACGUUACUUUGGAGACACCCUGUAGAUAUCUGCUGUUGUACACCUCAUAAAAAUACACGUACACGCGUCGUUAAACACACAUACACAAACACACGCCGUGCAAAAUGUGACAUACACACGUACACCGAAAAAUGCGCAUACACUCAUACACCGAAGCGGACACGAGUCCACACUUCGACACGCUGUACUAAUAUUAUCAUUAAAGUAUAAAUAUAAAUAGGAACGUGUAAUUUGUAUUUGUUAAGGCGGCGAGAUCGAUGUAAAUACACACGAGAAACACACGGACACACUCUAUCCUCUCUCUUUGCUGAAUGCGCGCGAGCCGAUUUGCGAACGGCCGGACUUACUCUUAAACGCCAUCGGAAGUAAUAUAUGUGUAUCGUGACGCAACGUACAUACAUACAUCACACGCACGCGUACACAUGUACACAUAAUACAGACACACAUGCAUACACGUACACGCAGAAACACGUACACCGAGUAAGGCAGACCGAGAAAAAGACGCGCCGCCGCGACGCAUAACGAUUAUAAAUAUUAUUAUAAUAAACCACCUCGUAUUUCCGUA